AUGAGCAGCGCUCGACAGAGUCAGAAUACAGGUAUUUGCGACGAUGAGAUGCCGCUGGAGCAGUCCAUCGAAGAGCUUCAGCAGGGGGGGCAGGCGGACAACGACGACGACUCAGGCGACGAAGAGACCGAUGAGGUCGUUGGCUCACCCUUGGCGAGCAUCUCGCAGCACGCAUCCUCUGUUUUCACUGCGACGCUCACAGAUCGGCUGCAGGCGCGGCAGUACGCCUCGCAUCUGCCCCGCCAAAAGGGGCAUCUGUGCUUCGGCUCAAACUUCGAAGGAGGUAACGUCGGUGCUGUGCGACCGGUGGGCCAGCAUGAAUGGGAAAUUUGGCUGCGCCCUGACACGGAGGCACCACGGCAUCGCCUGUGGUUCUGGUUUGAAGUACAGAAUUGCAAGGCCGACCAGCGCGCGAUUUUCUCGAUCGUCAACUUCUCGAAACAGCGGUCGCUGUACCGCGACUGCAUGACUCCGCUGGUGCGCUCCACAUCUCGGCCGCGAUGGGAGCGAAUUUCAUCUCGCAACGUCUUCUACUACCGAUCUCCAGCACAUCGCAACGCGUACAUCCUAUCAUUCGUAUUCCUGUUCGACAACGAGGACGAUCACUACGAGUUCGCGUACUCGUUCCCCUACACACCGUCGCGGCUGCAGCGCCACCUCGGUCUCCUGGAGGCCCUUCACCCUCCACACUUUCGCAGGGAACUUCUUUGUAGGACCCUGCAGGGCAGGAGGUGCGACAUUCUCACGGUCGCAGAUCCGUGGGCGGAGCAGGAGCAGCUCGCAAUGAGCCUGCCGCGGAAAGUCGUCUUUCUCACAGCACGCGUACACCCGGGCGAAACACCGGCUUCCUUCUGCAUGGAGGGAAUCAUCAACUUCCUUGCCUCAACGGAUCCGAACGCAGCCGCACUCCGCAGGCUGGUGACAUUCAUCAUAGUCCCCAUGUUGAACCCUGACGGGUGCUACCUCGGAAACUAUCGUUGCGAUGCGACCGGUGUGGAUUUGAACCGAAUGUGGGACACUGCUUCGGCGUCUCUCGAGCCGACGCUGCACGCGACGCGAGCCUUGCUACAGCGGCUGCAGGAUUCCCCGGAAUACGAGGUAGCGAUCUUCAUGGACAUCCAUGCGCACUCUACAGCACGCGUCAACAUGUGUUACUGCAACGGAGACCAGAGCGCCGCUGGCACCGAGAGGCACAUGCGGCUCCUGCGUAUCUUCGAUAGCUGCAUGCUCGGCUUCUCGCAGAGCGCGUGUGUUUUCGAGGGAAGCUCUUCGAAGAUUGGCUGCGCACGGCGGCAGGCUGCGCUCAUCUGCCCUGACGCGGUCGCGUGCACGCUGGAGGUCUCGUUUUACAUCAACAAGCCGCCACUGAGCGACGCAGGCAUCCUGCAGUCUCAGCACCAGCAGUUGCAGCGCCUGCAGCCACACGAGCUUGCAUUGCAGCAGGGCGACGACACUGUCCAGUCCGGGGAAGUUGACUUCAUCGAGCACGCUGACAUGUCGCCCAGUACGACGCAGAGCCCAGUGCAAGCUGCAGCCUUGCUCGGCUCGGUGGACCUCAACACCGAGGAGAGGUACAUCGAGAUGGGUUCGCAGGUUGCGCUGGGCAUCGCCGACUUUUUCAACAUCCCGCGGCAGCGAACCGUGUCGCAACGGUCGUUGGAGCUGCUCAGGGGGGCCACCACGAUAGCUCAAAGCUCGCGUCAGGCACUCACUGCUCUUGGUCUCCGCAACAACAACGGCGAAGGAACAGGCGUGUGGACUGCAGCUGCAGAAGGGGCGUCAAUUUUUCCCGCUGGUUCGCAGCCUCCUGUAUCAGUCGGACACGACAGGCGGGAAGACGCCGCGAGGACGUACGAGCCUCGCAGCGGCACAACGGGCAGGAGCUCAAAGCUAAUCGCAGCUCACGGAAAGAGUGUCGAACCAAGCGGCACCAUCGCCGAAGAACAGGUGGCGGCGGGAGGACCUGCUGCUGUCAGCGUCAAUUGCAAGUCGGGUCCUAAUGAUGCUGACGGGCAACGUGCGCCUGCCGAGGAUUGCCGUGAUGCUGUGCUCCACCCUCUGGAGUCUCUCGCACAGUUCAGCGUGGAUACGGGCCGGAAAGGCCCAGACAAAGACACGGCAGCAGCGGCGCUGCAAGGAAUCAAGGGUUCGGCCAUACGGCAGCCGUGUACAACGAUGGCUGACAGCGGUGCGGCUCUCAGCGAGGCAUGCCAGGACGUUGUUCCUUUGGAAAAGGGGCGUUGUGAUGCCUGCGAUCUACCAGUCGACCAAGCCUCGGUUGAUUGUUGUGGACAACCUGCGAGAAAUCGUGAUGGGCAUCGAGGCAGGUCGCCACUAGAUGCUCUUCAUUCAGGGCACGCAGCGAUCAGUGCGGACGGCGCUGAGGACCAUGCCGGCUCGCCCGGUGCGUUACGCCGGGUCAAUGGACUCACGGAAGCUGCCAAAGGACACAGUGAUGAUGUUUCUGACGACAGAUCCUUGCCAGCCAUCCAUCUUGCGCGCGGGUACCAGCCGCGCCAGCCAUUCGCAGGAGCUCCCGGGCCUGCGCGACCUCGAAAGGAGGAGCACAACGAUAGGCCGCCUCGUGAUGCAAACGUUGCAAGGAGCGGAUCGAAAAGAAAUAAUCUGCCCGUGCGUGACAGAUCGAGUAUGUCAGCCUCACGGAUGACGGAUGUUGAACGAGCGAAGCGGGACAUGAACGGUGUCGUCCUCCCCAACGUCGUCGGCCAAGCAAACGACCUGCCGGAUUUGUUUGACCAUGCACGAUCGCUGGCAGGACCAGACAAACUGAGGGAUCAUCCCUCAGGACCCUCUGACGUGCGGGCAGCGGAUCGUCCUUUCCGGACGCAGUCUGUCGGUCAGAUGGUUCAGUCCGCGAUUGGCAUCCAUGGGUUGGAAGCUCAGGACUUGGGCGUUGCAGGCGAGGCUGCAGUGUCGCUGCGAGACGCAUCGAUGCCGGGCCCCACUUUCGCGGCACACUUGUCAGCGGAGCGCACGUCGUCAAGCAACCUCAUCGCCAGCCUGAGCCGGCGCAUCGGCAACAGACGUUUCGCGGGACGACACAGGUCGUACAGGACGACAGAACGAGGAUCACUUCCGGCCCCCGCUGCCAAUGGCGCAGCAGAAAGGCAGGACUCCGGCAGCGGCAGCGCCCAGUCAGGCGCCGCGGUUCCACAGGAGCGGUCUGGCGAUGCGCGAUCGCGAGGAGAGGAAAGGCAUGCGACAGGCACAGACACAUACACAGUGCAUCGUGCGCUGCAGCCCCUGCACGAGAAGCUGAUGGCCACGAAGAGGCAGGCUGCACGGUACACACAAGCGUUGGCGGAGCGCAGCGGGAUGAGAGAGCGACGCAAGCCCGAUAAGUGA